UGUUUCAUUGCUGAGGAGGACGCGUCAGGGGCUUUCUCUCCCCCCAGUUAUCCCCCAGUUUACCUUCGGACAAGCCUGUAAUGGACUAGACUAUUCCAGCGCUCCCCUCAACCCUGGACGGAUUAAAAAACAAUAUUUUUUUGUACCUUCUUCCCCAACGCUUUCUUCCCUCUCCUCUCCCCACUGAAAGUCGGCAGGAUGGCUGAGAGGGAGCCCGAGUCGCCUGGAAAACUAAAAACGUUAUUAUAGCCGGGAUUGGCUUUUUCGGAAUAGGGGGCCUAUCCGAACGGACAAUUUCCUUUCACAACUUUCCCCACUGUGGAUAAUGGAUGGCAGAGAUUUUGGUCCUCCCCGAUCCGUCCACGUACCACCUCCGUUGCUGGCCGGGCUCGCAGUGGAAUCUCACCGACUCGGAGCAGCAGCGGCGGCCGGCAGGAUCCCUCCCUCGCCCGGUCACUUGGGCGCGAGUCAUCCGCCGCCUCUCCACUCCGGGAAAUUCUUGCCAUCGGCCAUUAACCUACAUCCACACCACAGCGAUGCCUUCCCAGCAGGCUCCAGCCCCUUCCUGUCAGGCUAUGCCUCCUCCUCCUCCCUGACCUCCGACCCGGCGUACAGAUCGGCCAAUCCCAGCAGCCUGCAGAUGGCUCAGCUCUGGGCAUCGCACGCUCACGAAGGUUACCCUCCUCUCCCGAGCAGUCUGUACUCCAGCCCUUACCUUUCCUUGGGGCACCUGGAGCCUCCCUCGCUCCCCCAGCACCCCCUCUACGACUGUCAUAAAGAGGGAUAUUACCUGCCAUCCUCCCUGGGCCAGUCGCCUCUCCACCCCCCGUCGGCUUCCCUGACCGUCCCGUCCAGCUCCACGCCCCCUCAGAGGACGUCGCGGGACGGGGGGAGGGACAGGUCCUAUCGAGGAGACAGGGAGCGGGAGAGGGACGGCGAGCGAGAGCGGUCGAGGGAGGAGCCGCGACCGCACAGCGUCGUGGACUUGACGCAGGACGGGAGGGGCGAGGAGGACCGCCGGCCGGGCAGAGACCGGGAACGAGAGAGGGAAAAGGACCGGGACACACACAGAGACAGAGAUGGUUGGUCCUUCCAUCCUCACCAGCAGAAGUCACACUCCCAGCCUUCCACAGUGGAGCCCCGAUCCAGACUAUCGCCUCCACACGCCUCCUUCCCUCCUGGUGGGGGCGGAGGCGCAGGGAGGUUUCACGGACCAGAAACAGACAGAGGGGGUCACGACGAGGAGGGCGGCUCUCGACCUCACCACAGCCUAAACUCUAACACUAACUCAAACAACUCAAACUCUCACGCGGACAGACAGAGGAGGAACGACUCGGUGGCCACGUCGGCCGGGACCCUCCACAUCUCCUACGUCCUGCCUCCUGCUCUCCAGCCCUCCGCCGCCGGUCCGCCCUUCCUCUCCGCAUCCAGAGAGACUAUCAGAGAGCAGCGAGUCAGCGCACCGACGUAUGUGCCUUCUGUGGAGGUUUACGACGAGCGGGCCGGGCCCAUCCAGAUCGCAUCGCAGGCCCGCGAUAACAAACACGGCGACAAACACAGAGACAGAGAGCGUGAAAGAGAGCGAGAGCACGAGCGGGACAAAGACAGGGAGAGGGAGAGCUACAGGUUUCAUGAGAAAAGCCUCGUGGAGCAUCCUCGGCUCUCCCAGUCAGGCGACUUAAGCAAUCAGAGAGAAGAAGGGUCAGUCAUUUGUUCUAACGGCUCCUUUGGUAAGAGAGGCCAGGACGCAUCUUUCUCUUCCAAUCAAUCAAGGUUCAGCCCAGAAACUAGGGAUGUUUCUAAACACUCAAUCCGACUGGGCAUGGAGCGGACGGGGUCCGAGCCCAAGUGGAAUACCAUCAGCCCGUUGGCCAACUACGCCACAAGUCACAUGGCCGCUCUGGCGGCCCAACACGGACACACACUCCCGUCUCCCCACAGCCAGCCGACGCACACACAGGUAUCCCAUUCCCCCCACACAUCCCAUCGGCCCAACAGCAACUCACAAUCCUCCCACAGCCAUUCCCCCCAGACUCACUCCUCUCACGGCCGUGCAAGCGAGGAGGGGAGUCAGAGACGCUACCUCGACCCGGCGGCCCUCUACCGGCCUGGGGUGUCGCUGGUGGGAGGGUCCGGCGGCGGAGAGCGCGGUGGAGCAGUCGGGUUGGAUUCCACUGAGGUCUCAGCCAUGCAGAGCCUCAUUAAAUACAGCGGAAACUUUGCCGCUGAAGGCCCCGGCUCCUCCAGGCACAUGGCGGACGGCCGAGGGCCCUUCGGCGGUCUGGGUAACAUCGGGAUGGACGCCGAGAGGGAGAGGGAUAAAGAACGAGAGCGGGAAAGAGAGAGGGAGCGAGAGCGGGAAAGGGUGGCGGUGGCAUCGGGUGGUUCGGGGGCUCUGAGGGUGCCGCCUCAGCUGAAGCGAGAGCAGGAGCGGCCGGACAGCGCUCGCUCCUUCGGCCGGGAGGGGGAAGGCGAGGUGCGACACCCUCCGGUCGGCAUCGCUGUGGCUGUGGCCCGACAGAGAGACAGCGGGACCAGCAGUAAACAGAUCAGCGGGACCUCAGACACACAGAGACCCCUGCUGCAACCAGCUAUUAAAGAUGAGGAGCGAGGGGAGGACCGCGCUCACCACCGCGACGACAGACUGCUGGCUGGCCGGCUGGAGCGCGAGCAGGAGAAAGUGCUCAGAGAGUCCAAGGAGCUGGCGGAGUUCACUCAGAUGCACCCUGCCCCGCUGUCCGGUGGCCUGACGCCCAGCAUGAUGACGCCCAGCCUCAUGACCCCCAACCUUAUGGUCACAGGAGGGGCCGCUCUGGCGGGGGCGGGCCGGUGGGCUCCCGACCCCUCAACUCUGACCUCUCACCCGUGGAUGCCCCGGCCUGGAGCCCCUCCGGUCUGGCUCUCCAGCUCGCCAUACAGCCUGGGUCCGUCCUCGCUUCAUCAGACCCUCCCCCCUGGUUACCCACCCUCGCUGCCAGGUUCGAUGCCCCCUCCCUACCAGUUUGCCAGGGACCCACAGUCCGGACAGCUGAUCGUCAUCCCUGCUGAACACUUGCCUCACUACGGAGGGGAUGCGCUGGAGCGAGGAGCGCCGGUGUGGUCGGGCGUCUACGGUGCAGGCAGCUCUCUGCAGCACGCCGCCCAGCUGCAGCUCCUUUCUCAGCAGCAGAUGCUCCGGCAACAGGAGCUGCUCAUGAUCCAGCAGCACACGGUGCAGGUCCUGGAGCUGCAGAGGAACGCACAGCUAGUCGAGCGCUUAAAGGUCAGCGAGCACCGGCCAGAGAUGGAAGACAAGGCAGACAAGCGGAACCCUGACCCGAAACCCAGACCCUCCUCGAUGUCCUCCCCGUCCCCCUCCCAGAUCCUGCACCCCCGCAAGCUCCCCCCGCCCUCCCGAUCGCCCACCCCGUCCACGUCCUCCCUCACCUCGCUGCCCCCGCUCUCCUCUCCAGUGACCGCCCUCAAGUCGGAGGAGGGCGGCCAGAGGUUGCUGUCUCACCUGCCGAAGCCCCUGCCUCACCCGCCGCCCCCCUCCUCAGCCUCCCCGCCCCUGUCCUCGCCACGGCGGCCGAAGCAGGAGGCGGCCGAGGAGGGGGAGGUGGGACAGAGGGUGCAGAGGGGAGGGCAGAAGCCGGCCGCGGCGCCCUUUCCAGGCAUCUACUCUGAUCUGCCUCCAGGUUAUCCGUACCAGUCCAUCACUGCCCCGUUUGGCUCAUCAUUCCCCCCUUAUCACAUCCCAACACCCACGGGGGAGAACACGGAGGCUGUCCGACCACAUCGCUCCUGCUCUCCUGCCUCAGCUGCCCCUUUGGCCCCGCCCCACCUUCAUCCAAGGCCGCAUUCGAGGCCUCUGGACGCAGAUAUCAAGCCACAGAAACUAGAACCUUCAAAGACGGGAUCUUUUCUCAAACAGGAACCCGGUGUGGAGCAGCCGCCGCUUGACUUGACACCAGAACCGCUCGGUCCACUUCGGCAGGGCUGCAGCCCCGUCCGAGCCAGCGAAGACAGAGAGGAAGACGGGGACGCCCUGAAGCCUCAGCCUCAGCCGCUGCCUCUGCGCGUCCCCAGUCCUCCACCGCAGCAAGGCGAAGGACUGGACGUCAGGGAGGAAGAGAAAGAAGCAGGUCAAAUCAAAAUGGAAGCGUCGUCUUACCCGUGUCAGGCGGCAUACCCCCUGCUUCCUCCACUCGCUGAAGCUGAGCCCAAACCAGAGGUCAUCAAGGAUCCAGAGCGGACACGGUACCCAUCAUGCAUCGCUGCAGAUGCAGACGGCCAGGAAGUGUCUCAGGUGUGUCCGUCGCUGGAGGACGCCGCCAGCGCCGCGUGUGAAUUAGAGCAGCCAGACGCUCCAAUCAAGCCUCAUGCUCCCAGUCAGAAAGAAAGUGUCGCUGAGCCUCUUAUCUAUCCGCCUCCUGCCCCCAACUCUCCGCUUCCACUUGUCAUCGGUCCAGAGGAUCCCAUGGCAGGUAUGCUCGCCCUGCUGACAGCCAGUGAAAUCUCCCAGGCUCGCUCCGGCACCCCGCCCGCCCCCAUACUUCUACCGCAGAUAGAAAACCCAGCUGUGGGCGCUCGCUGCAGCAGCGCAGGGCCUUUGGAGAUGGCGGCGCUGGAGGGGAUGGCCCUGCUCAGCCAAAUGGCCCAACAAGAGAUGGAGCACAUCUGCCAGGAGCAAGAUCUGACAUUAGAGGGUCUAGACUGUCUUCUUGAAGCAAGCAGACAGAUUCUGUUGGAGGCCAUCGAGAAGCAGUCCCACAUCGAUCUACCCAGAAUGCUGGAUCCCAACAAGAAGUACAGCUGGAGGCAGAGGAAAGAGGAGCCGCUCUACAGUAAAAUGUCUGUGGACGUGUUGGACGCGGUGGAGGUGGGAUACCGUGUUCGCCUGGCCGAGCUGCAGAAGACGUACAAGGAGAAGCAGAGGGAGCUGAGCAAGCUGCAGAGACGCAGAGACAAACGAGAGCGGCAGCAGCAGGAGGACGAGAGGCGGAGUCUGACCAGACGGGGCAGGGGCCGACCCAGGAAGAGGAAGCUCUUGGCCACACCUCCCAAACUAGACAGCAGGCCUGGAAAAGUGGGUAGGACAGUGCAAUACUCUGAGGACUCUGAAACUGGGGAGGGACAGAAGAAGAAGUUCCGGGUGUCCAGAGAAGACGAGGAGACGGAGGCGGGGAGUGGAGGAGUGAAAGUGAAGAAAAAGAAAAAGAAGAAGAAGAGCUGGACGGACCAGGAGCCGUCCACCAGUCACGCUCUGGAGGUGCUGAAGGCGAAGCGUGGCCACAUGUGUGAGCAGGAGCAGCUGGCGUCGGACCUCGACAGGGCGCUAUCGCUCUCCCAGCUCGGCUCGCUCUGCGCCUCCCGCAAACUCACCUCCGGCACGAAGCUAGAGAAGCUGAAGGGAAAGUCUGCCGAAAAUCAAAUGAAGGAGCGAGGCGUCCACUCCUCGAGCAAAGGAGGGAAACACAAGAUGGCCGCCAAGGCCUCUGCGUCAGACACGGUCCGGAAGGUGAAAGGUCAGAAGAAGGCCGCCUUGUUCUCUCCAGUGAGAUCGGAGCUCAGCAGCUGCUCCAACAACUCAGAUUCAGAGGAGCACAAUUCUGCUCAAGGGGGCUGGCCCCCUCUCUCAGGGAUGCGUUCCCACGGCAACCUGACCAGGAAGAGGCGGUCCACGUCAUCGCCGACCUCCCUGCUGUCCGCUCAGAAGUCUCAGAAGAAGAAACACAAGCACUUAUCGCUGCUGCUAGAGGAAGCGGGCCUCAGUUCCUCCGACGACUCCUUCGACCAAGAAACAUCCGACGACGACGAUGAGGACGAGGAAGAGGAGGAGUCUGACUCGGAUGGCUGUGAGGAGAGUGGACUGGGUCUGCUGGCCCGGUUUGCAGCGAGCGCGCUCCCCGUUAGCUCCGGCCCUUUGACCCUCCUCCAUGAUGGCAAACACUGCAGCAGGCAAAGCACUCUGGGUUCUUCUGAGUGCGAGUGGUCCGACUCUGGCUCAGACUUGAGGCUGAGGAAGUUCCCUUCUCUGCUGCACGGGAAACGCUCCAUCCCCGAGCUGCCCCUUCUGCCCCCGGCAACCCGCCGCAUCGACCAGAGCAGCCCCACCAAGAGAGAUGAGGUGCUGCAGGUCAAGCGGAAGUCUCUGCCGAAGCCACGCCCCUCGCCUCGCUCGCCGCGCAGGAUCAGCUAUGACCUCACCUCCAGCUCCAGCUUCGGAGGCUUCAGCGAGGAUGAGGGAUGGAACCGCCGACGCAGCGAGAGGAUCUUCCUCCACGACGCCACCACUUCAGCCAAUCAGGUGUCCGUGUCAGCUCCCGCUUCCGCCACUCAGACCUCCUCCACUGGCUCGGCCCCGCCUCUCACCCCGAAGCCCGCCUCCAGACCCAAACCCGCUCCGCCCAGCAGGGACGGCAAAGAUGUGGUGAAAAAAAAGAAGCCGAAGGAGCCUCCCCUGCCUGUGAGCCCGUCCACUCUGUGCAGCCCAAUCACAGACAGCCCUGCAGCUCUGAGCCUCAGCCCAGCGCGCAAGAGCCAACCCAAAGCCAAGACCAAAGCCAGAGAGCCUUCCAGGGGCGCGGUGAGCCGGCUGAUGGAGAGCAUGGCGGCGGACGAGGACUUCGAGCCCAACCAGGACAGCAGCUUCAGCGAAGACGAGCUUGUGCCGCCGCGGAGCAACAGCGUGUCGGAGCGCUCCUCCACACCGGCUCCGGUGCAGUGUGUGCUGGAUAAGGACUCUCUGGUGGACGGGCUCAGAGUUCUGAUCCCGAUGGACGACCAGCUGCUGUACGCAGGACAUGUGAACACUGUCCACUCCCCUGACAUAUACAGCGUGGUGGUGGAGGGGGAGCGAGGGAACCGGCCGCACAUCUACUGCUUGGAGCAGCUGCUUCAGGAGGCUGUGAGUAAACUGGAUGAAUGUGUGUUCUUUGGAUGUCUCCACAGCCCGAUCUGCUUCACACGUGGUGAGGGUCUCGCUGGGGGAUGCUCAAGUAGUUUGAACAAGCGGCUGCUCAGAAACAUGAAAACAACCACGACAGUCGACGACAGCGUGCUGUUAGUGUUUCCUCAUCACAGCUCGCUUCGUCUCACGCUGUCAUUCAGACGUUUUGUGUUUUUUAUUUGCUUUAGCGGCCUCGUUGUUCCUGGUCCAGGCGCUGAGCCGUCGCCUGCGCUGCUGGUGGCCAGCUGCUCCAGGAGGAGGGUCCGCAAAUGCAGCAAAGAGGGCAAAGAGGCCGGACCGAAGCCCGAGGAGACCACGCCCAAGAUCAAAGGGAAACCUGGCCGCAAACCAAAACGCAAACCAGACACUUCCUUAAGCACAGAUGGUCGAGAGAAAGCCGAUCCUUCGCCUUCCUCCGCUCAGCCCACAGAGAGACCCCAGGCUCCAGCCAAGCCCGCCCAGGACAGGCCCUCCUCGGUCCAGAAACCGGCUCAGGAGAAGCCCCGGCCCGCGUCCCGUCCAUCAAUGGGAUCCCAGACGAAGCCGAGCAGCAAAAGCUCCACCUCGUCCCCGGCGAGCAGCCCGACGCUUCCCAACCCGGUGCCCAGGAAGAGCGGCUCGGCCCAGCCUCCUGCUCCCAAACCGUCCCGCCCUCUCCCUCCCUCGCUCUACCCCUCCACCUAUGGAAAGGUCCUGACCGUGGAUCUGUACAGCGAGCCGAACCUCAGCUCGUACAACAGCCAGCGCCGAGAGAAAGAGAACAGCAGCACCGUCAGUCCCACCGCCAGCAGGCCCAUGUCGAGGCCCAGCAUGUCGGCUUCAUCUGCUGCACCCAAGCCCGGUGCUUCGUCCACGCCCAGACCCACUCCCGCCUCCUCACCCAAAUCCAAACCCUCUUCGGACCACCAUAGCGGCUCCAGACCCGGCCUCGGCUCUGGACUCCUACCCAGCCCCAUUUCGAGGCUAUCAACAAGCAAACCCAGCUCCUCUCUGCCUCCUAGACCUUCAUCGUCUUCGUUGUCACCGUCCUCGGCCCCGAGACCCAAACUGAAGAUGUCAACCGGUCAGUUGUCCUCCAGACCCGGCUCCAUCUCCAGACCCAAGCCCAGCCCCGGGCAAAGUGACGUCAGGCGAAAGUCGCUGUCUGCAGAGCCCCUGGUGAAGCUCGACCACGAAGGCGUCACCUCCCCGAAGACCAAGAAGACCAAGGCUCUGAUGCUGCUACAGGGUCGGGGCGUCCGGCGAGACCACAGCCCCAUCACCACCGACACAGCCGACCAGAAACUGCUCAAGACUAAACCGAGAGCUCCAGAACGAGAGGCCGGUCUGCCCGAGAAGGACUCCACCUACAAAGCACCGAUACUGGCUAAAGAGAAGCCAGAGAGCCGUGGAAGCAGCAGCAGAGGACAGGAGAUGGACACGAGAGAGGAGAAGAGUAAGAAAGAGGAGAGGAAGGAGGUGGAGAAGAGAGAGGAGAGAAAGAUGAAGGAGGAAUCUCAGAGCAGCAGCAGCUCAGAGUCGGAGGAAGAAGGAGAGAAAGGGAAGAUGAAGAAGAAGAAAUGCACCUCCAGCUGCUCCUCCUCCUCUUCAUCCUGCUCCGGUUCCUCCUCAUCUUCUUCCUCGUCGUCAUCCUCGUCCUCCUCUUCAUCGACCGAUGACUCCUCCUGCAGUUCAGAUGAAGAGAGGACUCUGACGCCUCCGCCGGGCCCGGUCCAAAAGCCUCCGGUGCAGAACAAACCGAAGGAAAAUGCAAAAGAAGAAGUAGAAGAAGAAGAAGAAGAAGAAGAGGAAGAGGAGGAGGAGGAGGAGGAGGUAAAGAAGGAGGUGGAGAUAAAAGUGGAGGAAGAGGAAAAGCUGUACCCUCCCUCACAGUCUCCGUCCCCGUCCACCUCUCCCACUCCUGCUGCUGCUUCUCCCACUAAACCUGCUAAACCGGCCACCGGGAAGGGCUCCGGCCAGAGGGGGCGCCCUCCCAAACCAAAGCCCGGUGGAGGAGAGGGGAAGGCGGGCAGACCGAAGCGGAGAGAGGGGGUCCACCUUCCCACCACCAAGGAGCUGGCCAAGCGUCAGAGGCUUCCCAGCGUGGAGAACAGACCCAAAAUCUCUGCUUUCCUUCCCGCCAGGCAGCUCUGGAAGUGGUUUGGGAAACCCACGCAGAGACGCGGCAUGAAGGGCAAGGCCAAGAAGCUCUUCUACAAGGCCAUCGUGCGAGGCCGGGAGAUGAUCCGGAUCGGGGACUGUGCCGUGUUUCUGUCGGCCGGCCGGCCCAACCUGCCCUUCAUCGGCCGCAUCCAGAGCAUGUGGGAGUCGUGGGGCAGCAACAUGGUGGUCCGGGUCAACUGGUUCUAUCACCCAGAGGAGACGAACCCCGGCAAGAAACUCACCGACAAGAAGAACUGGGAUCAGAUGUGCGGCCAGUCUCUACCAGCAGCUCUGCACUCGUCCAUCCAGAGGAAAGACUUCAUGGAGCGCGCCCUCUACCAGUCGUCCCACAGCGACGAGAACGACGUGCAGACGGUCAGUCACAAGUGCCUGGUGGUGAGCGUGGAGGAGUACGAGCAGAUGACCCACACUCGCCGCUACGCCGACAGCGAGGACCUCUACUACCUGGCCGGCACCUACGAGCCCACCACCGGCAUGAUCUUCAACACGGACGGCGUUCCGGUCAUCUGCUGAACCCACACAGAAACUCGCUGGGAGUUGCUGAAACCAAAUCAUGUCAGGACCUCACCAGAAGUCAACCUGUGGUCUAAUCACUGAUUUUCUUAUUGUUUUUUAUUCACGAUGGAUCCUUUCUCAACCACGAAUCGAUGAACUGCUCCGAUCCACGUUGACCAGACUGUCAGAACAGCUCCUACUACAGAGACGGAGACACUACGGACAGUAUUAAGGACAGCACGUCUCCUGAAAACGUUUGCACACACUCAUCGACACAUUCUGUUUGGCUUGUUGUGUUCAUGGGGAGGUUUGCAUGGGCGCUUCGGUUUCCCCCCUUUUGUAUGUAAAUAGACCCGCAUAGACGAACACACAGAUCACACGUGCACAGACUCGACUGUAAAUAGCCACCCCAUGUACCACACACGCGGUUCUAUAGAGGAAAAUAUGAGUGUUUUAUUUUUCAUGUAAUAGAUUUAUGUCAGAGUACUUUUUUCUAAAAGAGGUAAACAGUCAAGAAGCUUUAAUGAACUGUGAAUGAUGAGGAUGCAGGAGGGCAGCCGUCCGUCCGUCGGUCCGUCCACAGCGGGCCGGACGGACGCGGCGCCGCCGCCGCCGCCGCCGUGACGUUGUGAUUAUGAUGUUGCUGUGGUGAUGUUACAGUCAUAUAGAUGUACCUACAGAACAGCAGGACCGACAGAAGGUGAGCACAGAGAGAGAGAGAGAGGUGGACUCCUUCCGUUGCUGUCCAACAGAGAGCACUUAAAAACACUUAAUGAAUCCUCCCCUAACUUAACCCCUUCAGCUCCCCUUGACAAUCCUACGGCGGGCAGGAAGCUGUCCGCGGUGCAACUCAAACUUCUGCCUCCCUCAGAGACUCAGGCUAAAGAGAGAGGAAGGAAACUAUUGUGAGAACUUCUUAUUUUCAUCUUCCGUUUUUUUUUCUUUUUAAAGGAAAAAUCCACCCUGACACACGUGUCCAUGUUUGUUCUUUGCCCGUUUUGCACCAAGACUGAACACUUUGGGGAGAUUCUGACGUCUUUAGCCGAGAAAAGUCGACGCUACGAUUCGAUUGCAAAGUUCCUCCCUGAAUGCAGAUAUAUAGAAGCUGAUGAGUCCCGGUGGGUGGAUUUUUUCUUUAAGGUGUUUUCCGGGUUGUAAACACUGCAGUCAGUCCAAGACGCAUCAAGGUCACGGCACCGAUACCCGCCACGGAGCUGCCAGCUCUGAUUAGAUCAACAGAAUUCAAUUUUAACACUCAACAUCCACAGUUUGGCUUCGUCUUGUCUGCAGCGUUUGCAACCUCUGAGUGUCCCCGCCUCAGACGUACUGUACUUUUCCUUUUGCUUCUGCCGUUUUGUGGAUGUUCAUCUCUGCCCUGUUUAAUCACGUUUGCCCUCCAAGCAAUCACCUUCGACAUGAGUGCACUUUGAGCUCCGCUGCAGAGGAGGCCGGGCGUCGUGGGCGUCUUCCUAGAGUAUUUACCGACCGCCCGUCUCUCCUCUGCGCGCCCAGCGUUCACCUUCAGACCCGGAUAAAGACUCAGAACCACGUCCCCUCGCAACACGUUCUUCUUUUUUUGGUUCUUUUAGCUGCUCGUGAGUUGUUUCUAUGUGCCUAUUUUUUAAAUGGUUUUUAAGGUGAGACUGUUGAAUGUCGUGCUCAGGAUUGUGAGCGUUUCGGGCGGCCUUUACUCUCCCAGGCCUUAUGAUGAUGAUGAUGAUGAUGACGAUGAUGAUGACGGUGACGCGCCAAAUCUCUCUUAAGUGUCGCCCCCCGACUCCCUCCAUCGUCCUCGGUGGCGUCUGCAGAGAAAUGAUCCGAUGCUUUCCCCAGUCCGCUAGCGCUGCGUCUUUUAUAGUUUAGAGCUCGUCGCCACUCGCUUCCUUUGUCGUGUAGAGUUUUUAUCCAGUCUAUGGGUUUAUAGUAUACUUAGUGUGUGUGUGUAUUUGUGUGUAUAUAUUUACAUGUACUUACACACACAGCGUCCUGUCCAGUAUGUGUUUAUUAACCGCCCGCUUUGCUUUUCUCUGCUCUGCUGCAGAGAUUGAAGAUUGUCUUGUUGAUAUUCAAUAGGUUUAAUAUUUUCUACUCUCUGGAGAUCUUUUGUCUGAUUUUAUCGUAGGCUGUGUCCUGUUUGGUUUUUAACUCACCCUGAGACGGCCGCUCGGUGUCUGGAGGCAAGUCCAGACACGUUUCAGUGACAACAGACGGCCACCAGGGCGGCAGCGUUUCAGUAUUUAUGUCAAACUCAGACACCUAGUCAAGGAAAGUUGGAUAAUGUGCUGCUAGUCUAUUAAAGUAGUGAAACCAGGUACAGAGCGCCUCCGUGUGCUCGCUUUCUGAGAGGAUCUAAUCUGCUAAAGCCCCACCUGCUCCUCCAGACGCUGCUCCAGACUCAAGUUCAGAAGUUGUGAGCGCCCGGCGUCCAGAUCUCUGCUCGGUGUCUGAGGAGCGUCCCGGUGUUUGCAGAGCGAACAAGUUAAAGUGCCCGUUAUGAAUGUUUGUUUACCCCCAGAGCUCCUCAAGCACUUUUUUUUUCUCCCCACCGUGUGUGAGCAGCGGAGAUAAGGAGGCUGAUAAUCUGAUCUCCUGGUAUUACCACACACACACACACACACACACACACACACACACGGACACCCCCCCGUAACCCUUUAAGGUGUGUUAUUGCCUUCCAAUCUGUUUUUUUUUGCCCCCCUGUCUCCAUCCAAAGCCCAGCCUGAGGCCUUCAUGCAGGGGUCACCACACUUACCCCCACGACUUUGCCUUCAUUGUCAUUUGGUGUCAUAAGACGUUGUUGUGUUUGUGUUUUACUGAAUCUCGUCUCCUUUUGUUUUUGUUAUUUGGCUGCGAUUAUUUUGCUCAUUUCUGGGGUUUCGUUUUUGCAAGUUAAUGUCAUUUUUUUUUUUCCCUUGCUUCCCCUCUCUGAACAAUUGUCUACGCCUCGCAAGCAAUACUGCUGACAGGCACUGGGAGCUAGCUGCUAGAGAGAGAGAGAGAAAGAGAGGGAUGGGAGAGAGAGAGAGAGAGAGAGGUGGACUGGAGGCUGGUUCUUCGUCUGCUGUUCCUUCAAUAUCAUUAUUGUCCUGUUACAGAAAGAAAAACAAAAAAAAAAAGAUUAUUUUGAGAGUAAAUAGAAAAAAAUCAUCUAAGUUUUGUAAAUGAUCCUUCACUGUCGAGGGGAGAAAAGCUAUCAGAAUAUACUUUAUACACAUGUCUAAUCUUGUAAAAAUGCAAAAAAAAUAAAUAAACAAAGAGUACAUUUUAGAGAUGAAUCUGAAAGCAGAUAUAUUCUGUCACCCUAUACUAUAUGUGUAAGGAACUGUUUUUUUUUUCUUUUUUUUUUUACAGACAGCAACCACGUUUAUCAGUGUUUCUUUGAAAUUGUUUUAGUAACUCAAUAUUUUAUAGUUAAUCAAUAAACUGAUGAAACUGUAA